CGGCGCCGCCUCCGUGGCUUUCGGGCGGCUCUUAGGGAACCGCCUCCCUUUGCCGCGGCUCCUCCUCGGCUUUCAGGCUGUGGAACAAGCCGGGCACGUGGGCUGGCGAAGCGGAGGAAGGGAGGGAGAGAGAGGAAGGAAGGAAGGAAGGAAGGAGUCCUUGGGUCGCGGAAGAGGGCUCCAUGCGGCUCUCAACCACGGCCGCCUUUCUCUUCGUGACGGGAGGGAGCCGGCCUGGGGGGACCAAGGUUUUCCAUGGUGUCUCAUAUCUUCUGCUCUUCAGAGUCAUACACUAUUCCAGAAAAAGUGAGUUGGCAGUAUUUGGUCGGUGGCUAUUCCUCUAGUUUCCCAAGGAAUCUGUUUAUUCUCCUCAGAGGUAGCAGAAGCUUUUUCAGGAAUCUGUAUCACCCAUUUGCUUUAAAAAUGGAAACGGUGGAUAAAGUUGUCCUGAAGCGGCCUCUUUCUGAUGACAGUCAAUCAAAUGUAGAUGAAAUUAAAAGGCCAAAGUUCUCAGAAGAAAUACUGGAAGAAAAUAAAAAUUCUGACCAUAAGGUUGAAGCUGCAGUAGAACAGUCUAUGAAACAUUUGCUUAAAGACCCUCAGAAUGAAAUAGGUCUGAAUGAAGAAAGUGUAGACCAAGAGGAUGAGGAAGAAUUGGAAGAAAGUGAUGGGGAAGGAGACCCAGAGAGCUUUGCAGAUAUGAUGAAGCAUGGGUUGACGGAGCUAGAUGUUGGCAUAAUGAAAUUUGUAAGCCCUCACAAGGGCUUUUCUGGAAUAUUAAAAGAGAGAUACUCAGACUUUGUUGUUCAUGAAAUAGGAAAAGAUGGACAUAUAAUUCACUUAGAUGACUUCACUGUGCCAGUGGAUAAUGAGGAUCCUUCUGAAGAGAUCUUUACAGUGUUGUCAGAUGAAGAUAAGCAGCGACUAGAAGAACUGCAGCUUUUUAAAAAUAAAGAAGGCAAUGUUGCCAUUGAGGUAAUAGAAGAUACUAAGGAGAAAAGGACAGUUAUACACCAGGCAGUAAAAUCUCUGUUUCCAGGAUUAGAGACAAAAACAGAAGAUCGGGAUGGGAAAAAAUACAUUGUUGCUUACCACGCUGCUGGAAAAAAGGCACUGGCAAAGGUCAGAACUUCAACAGAUCCAAGAAAACAUUCUUGGCCCAAAUCUAGGGGAAGCUACUGCCACUUUGUAUUAUACAAGGAAAACAAGGAUACCAUGGAUGCCAUCAAUGUGCUAUCAAAAUUUUUAAGAGUGAAGCCAAACAUAUUUUCCUACAUGGGCACUAAAGAUAAAAGGGCUAUUACAGUUCAAGAGAUUGCUGUUCUUAGGAUCACAGCCCAAAGGCUAGCUCAUUUGAAUAAGUGUUUAAUGAAUUUCAAGCUUGGAAACUUUAGUUACAAGAACCAUCCUUUGAAAUUGGGAGAAUUGCAGGGAAAUCACUUCACAGUGGUUCUCAGAAAUAUAACAGGGACAGAUGAACAGAUCCAACAAGCCAUGCAAUCUCUGAAGGAAAUUGGAUUCAUUAACUACUAUGGAAUGCAAAGAUUUGGAACCACAGCUAUCCCAACAUAUCAAGUUGGAAGAGCUGUUCUGCAAAAUAAUUGGGAUGAAGUCAUAGAUUUAAUACUAAAACCACGUCCUGGAGCUGAAAAGGGAUAUCUAGUAAAAUGCCGAGAAGAAUGGGCAAAAACGAAAGAUCCAGUUGCAGCUCUCAAGAAACUGCCUAUGAAAAGAUGUGUGGAAGGACAGUUGCUCUGGGGACUUUCAAAGUAUGGACUGAAGAAUAUAGUCUCUGCGUUUGGCAUAAUACCAAGAAAUAAUCGUUUGAUGUAUAUUCAUAGCUAUCAGAGUUAUGUGUGGAAUAACAUGGUGAGCAAAAGAAUAGAAGAAUAUGGGCUUAAAGCUGUACCUGGAGAUCUUAUAUUAAAAGGAGGUACAGCUGUUUAUAUUGAAGAAGGAGAAGCUGACAGUUACACCAUCCAUGAUGUUGUGAUGCCAUUACCUGGUUUUGACGUUAUCUAUCCAAAACAUAAAAUUGGGGAAGCUUACAAGGAAAUGCUAGCUGCGGACAAUCUGGACAUCAGUAACAUGAAACAUAAAAUUCGAGACUAUUCAUUAUCCGGAGCAUACAGAAAGAUUAUCAUUAGACCUCAGAAUGUGAGCUGGGACUUGGUCACAUACGACGACCCUAAAAUUCCAUUAUUUACUACUGACUUGGACAAACUGGAAGGAAAACUACCUGCUGUCCUUGCAACAGAAGGCAAAUACAAAGCUCUGAAGAUGGAAUUCUCCCUUCCACCAUCUACUUACGCCACAAUGGCCAUACGAGAAGUGCUAAAAAUGGACACAAGUAUAAAAAACCAGACACAGUUAAAUACAAUAUGGCUGCGCUGAUUACCUUAUUAGUGAUUGGACAAAAGCUCUAACACAACUUUUUUUUUAUUAUUUACUAGUUUUAUUCAGGUAAUUUGUAAUUUUAAAAUGUAUUUUUGUAUUAGUUUAUGGCAUAUAAAUUCACAUCCAUUGUAAAAUGGUGUCUAGAACUGUAACUCUGUUUUUAAAUGCUUGAUCAGUUUGCAAAGGGCACCUUUAAUGGCUUGCAAAUACGUAAACAGAUGGCUUUGUGAAUGGUUUCAGAUGAAGAAGCAUCUGAAAAAUGUUUUCUCAUAUAUGGUAGCAGACAUGUCAUUAUGUGUUUGAUAUUGAUUAAAACUUUAUUACAAGCAUGCUUAAUUCUACAGUUCAGGAAAAUUAAUUAAGAUAGGGUACUGAUGAAUGCAUUUUCCAUCUUGUGAACAGAGGCAUUUAGCCUUAAGAAUGCUGAUAGGAUCUGUAACGUAACUUUAAGUGGUGCAAACAUGUACAGCUGCUUUUAUUUUAGCUGUAAUUUUAUUAAAUGCUUGUGUCUGCUUUUUCACAACAUAUUUUGACUUGUAAAGAAGCAAGCUAACCAUUUAUGGGUUGAUACCCUUAAUGUUGUUUAGCUCCAAUAUGUAUGGUUUGUCUAUUGCUGGCAAUGGAUGAACAAAGGAAAUCUGUAUCCUGGCCUCACAGGAAUAAAUAACCAUUCUGAAUUUGAA